CGCCGAUGCUCACAGCUCAGCAGGCGCACCACGGCCGGCAGGCGGCAGCCAGCGGUUGUCCGUGUCCAUGGCGACGCCGCUCGCGACCCGCGGCCGCCUUCUCGCCUCCCGCGGCCCGCCGUUUCACGGCGCCUCCUCCUCCUCCUCGUGGCCGGCCUCUUCUCUCCUGCUCGGUCGCCGGCCUAGCCGCCGGCUCCGCUCCUCCUCGCCGCAGGUGAUUUAUUCGGCUGAUGCUGCGGCCGCGCCGGGGAAGGGCGGCGAGUACCGGCCCUCCUUCGCGGACGACCUCCUCCUCGCCUUCUUCCGGAGCAAGAUGGUGGAGGAGGUUGGAUGGGAUUCGGAAAAGCCUGGGUAUGCCGGGCUGAUGGAGGUUGCCAAUCGUCUCAUGGUCAAGGGGAAGAGUGCUUUGGAGACUGAGCAAGCAGCUGUCCGAGUACUACAGUCAUUGUUUCCGCCUCUAUUGCUUGUCCUAUACAAAGCCCUUUUAUCGCCAAUUGCUAAUGGUCAACUAGCUGCCAUGAUGCUCGCUAGAGCGACAGCACUUUCAUGCCAAUGGUUAAUGGGCACAUGUUCAGUUAAUUCUGUCACUCUUCCUGAUGGAAAGUCUUGGUCAAGUGGGGUGUUCGUUGAGAAAUGCAAAUAUCUGGAAGAGAGCAAAUGCCUUGGUAUUUGCAUCAACACGUGCAAACUGCCAACUCAGACUUUCUUCAAAGAUCACAUGGGCGUUGAUUUAUACAUGGAGCCAAAUUUUGAAGACUAUAGCUGCCAGUUUACGCUGUUGUUAAUUGCAGUUCAACUUUGGAGUGCCGCCUCCACCUCUUGAUACUGACAAAGCCCUCAAGGAACCCUGCUUGGACAUUUGCACAAAUGCGAGGAGACGCAGGGAGAUCGGCAGAAAUAGUAGCCCGGAUGAACUCGGUUGCCCCCAAGUUUGAUACGCUGCUUGUAAAAAGUAUGCACAACGUAGAUGAGAAUGAGAUGGUACAGUCCAGUGAUGGUACCCUGUUUUGAUCCUUUUGCCAAAUAACUGCAAGCACACCUCCGACAUUGUGCGUUUUCGUGCAUAAUUUCCGGACCUUGCUACCUGGAUUCAUCAUGAACCUAAUAUUAGAACCGGACGAUUCUUGCAGUUGCCCAA